CUCGUCGGAUUCGUUGCGCGUUUAAUUUUCGCGAAUUUCCUCCAAAGCUCGUACAACUAAAAUCGAAGUAAAAGAAAAAUAACAUCCAAAAUGCGGUGCGGUUUAAAAAAAUAAAUUUUCGAAUCCUUUUUUGAAAUAAAAAGUGCAGAAAGCACAACGACAAAGUGAGAAAUAUACCGAGCAGUGCAGUAAAUAACAUAGAAUAUACAUCAAAAUGUCGACAGUUGUGGAACAGGCGGCCACAGCGGGCACACCGAAAACAGCAACAGAAAUUGCAACUGCAGCUACAAAAUCAGCAACGCCAGCAGCAGCAGCAGCAGCAGCAACAUCGGCUAUAACUGCCACGCCCCCCGCAACAUCCGUAGCGGAAAUUGAGCAGCUGCAACAGGCGUUAAUCGAGAAACAAACACAACUUUAUGCUUUGGAAACGGCUUGUCUACGGGAAACAGAACGCCAAGUGGAACUGGAGGACAGUGUAAUAGCGUGGCAGGACAAGUACGAUCGUCUAUACGAGUCGCAUAAGCGGGUUCAAAAGGUCAAUCAGAGUCUGGAGGACAAGAUGCUCAAGCUGGUGGAUCGAAAUGCCGGCGAAAGGGCCCAGUUGACCAGCGAUGUGGCCACUUUGAGUGUGAGAUUGGCACAGGCCAACUUUAACAUAGCCAAGCUGCAGAGGGAAAUCGAACGCUACAAGGCCGACAUUAGCCUGGCCAUCCAAUUGCUGCAGUGCAAGCCGGAUAGUUUUGUGUCCCAAAAAGUGUCAUCGCUACCCAUUGAUAUUCAAUCGAAGGUGUCGGCGUACAUGAGAUUGGAGACGAACUCCCAUUCCGAUUCCGAGUGCAGCAAUAGCGGAGUGGGCGUGGCCACCACAGCUUCCUAUAAAGUGCUUCCGGCCUCCGAUUCGCCGCCACCCUCGGCCUGCCCCUUCCCGCCCACGGCCAUGGUGUAUUCGAUGAGGGGAAUCGGUAGGUAUGCCGCCAACGGGAAUUCGGCCACUAAUCCUCAGCAGCAAUCGAAUCAAGCCAACAACAACAAUAUCAGCAACAACACCAAGGACACUAUCAACAACAACAACACAAAUAACAACAACAACACCACCAACAGCAAUGGCAAAUGCAACAAUCAAACCAACACAAAUAUUAGCAAUAAUAAUAAUGCGAAUCAAGCAGCUAAUCCCGAUAUGAUAUCGCCCACAAUAAUGGCAAAAUUUCUGGAGGCCGAACUGAAGGCCAAUGAGGUUAAGCACUGCGAUACGUGUCAGUGUAGCAAACAGGAUCUCCAGGUCCUGGCAGAUGUAUCGCGUUCCUAUUCGGUGGCCACCCAGACGCCUCAUCAAUUGCAGCUCCAAGGAUCGGGCUUGAACGAGCCACUGACCCAACUUUGUCUCAGAUGUCAUAGUAAUCUCAAUUCCCCUUCAAGAACUAACAGUCCAUAUCUGAUGAAGAUGGUCAAGUCAAGUGAUUCUGUUAUCUCAGAGACCAAGAGCUCCGUUUCGGAUCUCAACGACAUGGACAAGUUGUUCACGCCGGCCAAAAAGGAUGAUCUGAUGGUGAAUCCGAUAUUGGGACACCAUCGGCUCUGUGACAGAACCUCUUUGCCCGGUCAGAAUGCGGAGUUUGGCAACGGUAAGCUGACUACUUCGACGAUGAUGUAUCCAACUACACAUCUGGGGGCCUAUGCUGCGGAAAAGUAUCUCCUGGAGACGAGUAAUCUGGGUCAGCUAAGGAACGGCUAUCAAAGGCGGUUUCUGGAUGGCGGAGGAACUGCCUUGCAGCUCUUGAACAAAUACGAAGCUGGUGCCGUUGGCGUGGUCCAGGAUGAACUGGAGGAUGAGUCGAGUAAGCCUCUGCUGUCAGGUGUUUCUCAGCCCAGUCUUUUGGAAGCGGAACAGGCUCCUCCACAGCUAACAGUGGCUCCUGUCAAACUGGAGGAUGUCUGUGAACCACUGCCCACUAAGCCAGUUGCCCCAGCUGCUCCACCAGGAAAUACAUCUGCUGCUGCUCCAUCAGGAACUCAACUAAAGUCCACCAACUCGGGAAGUGUCCAGAGUCUGUGGAGCAACAAGACCAGCAGUUGCGAGGGGGCCAAAAUGUUCGAGACCUUCAACAGGAAUCUCAUCAAGACGAUUAAGGCGGAGAAUCCCAAAUACCGAGGACCGCGUCUGUGCGCCAUGCGAAUCCAACAGAAUGGCCAAAGCAACAUCCUGCUGGACAACCUGGAGUCCAUAGAAACCUACACGCCAGUGAUCUACAAGCGAAGGGAGAAGCUACUGGAUGAGGAGCUCAACGACGGCAAGGACAUCAUUACCAGCAAGGAGAGCAAUGCUCAAUCGGCAGUAGAAGCCUGGCAAGGACCUGCAGCUCCUCACGAGAAUGUUGCCCUUCAACCUGUUCUAGAACCACAAGUCGAAAUCCCAGAAGUAGAACAAGCUGAAAUCAAGCCCGGAGUAUCAACCACAAAUCCGGGUGUGAAUUCCCCCAAACACUCCGCUAACUCCAGUUCCAUCAGCGAUGCCAUUGACUACCAGGAAAGUGUCCUUCUGAGGCGACAACAGCUCAGCAGAGUGGCGGAAUGGGUUCAGCACAAUACCCAGCAGUUGGAGCAGAGGAGUCUGCAGCAAGCUCCGCCGACCAGUGACUCGAAUUCGGGAACAGAGAGGCAAUCCUCGUACUCCACGCUAGAUCGUAUGGACUCCAUAUCCAUAGAGAAACUGUCCAUGGAUUCGGGCUAUAAAACUACACCCCAACAACUAACCAAUGGCUAUCCGGAGAAGUCCACAGAGGAUUCCCUGUCGCCCAAGACGGAUAUCACAAGCAAUUCCAUGCCUGAAAAUCCAUCGGGAAGUGCUGUGCCACCCAAGAAAAUGGAAAUGUGCACCACGUACUAUAGAAGAACCACCAGAUCGGGCUUGCCAGUGGCAUAUACGACCAUUUCAGGUGGCCAAGAUGAUUCAAGUCCACCAGGAGAAUCCACAUCCUCCGGUUCCGAGGCUCUCAUCUGCCCCGAACAGCCCACGUGUGAUAUACUAAACUACAAAUACUAUCCGAAUGAUACGGACAAGACGCGAUCCGUUCAGGCGGAGCUGCACACGACCACCCAGAACGUGGACAUAGCUCAGAUGGAGUACAAUGUGAAGCAGUUUCUGCUCAAGCAAAACGAAUGGUCCAUGAAUGGUGGAGGAUCUAGUGGUAAAGGAGCUAAUCCUGGCUUGGUAGUCCAAGGAUCUGGUGCAGCACGAAUGCUGCAGCGCAGGAUUUUGGGUCCUGGAGUGGGUGAGCGGGUGAGGAUGGCCACUCCGGGCGGAGCUGUGGCCACCAAGGCCACAGUCACAGCCACAGCCACCACCACUGCGACCCAGUCAUCCAACAUCCUGCCACCCCACAGAACUGAAACGAAUUUAUAAGCAAACGGGGUCAAGGAGUUCGGAGGAGUUCCACACAUCCAAAGCAGAAACCAAACUGUAUUCUAGUCUAGUUUUGCUACCUUUAGUUCAUAUUCUUCUGUCUAUAUAGAUACGAUAUAGAUACGAUAUAGCAAUGCUUAAGUUGGGUGAGGGGCUCUCAAGCAACAACCACACACACACACACACAUGCUAAUAGCAAUGAUACUAUACAUAUGUACGAUAAAUGUAAUACUUACACAAGAAUCUACGAUCUAAGCUAGCUAAAGUUGCUUUGGAGCUAUCACUAAGUCGAUAAUCUGGCUAGUCAGGGGGUGUAAAGGGAUCUAAGGCGUUGGUUUGGAUUAGUUCUAAUAUGAUUUUAUGUCCUGUUAAUGCUUUUUUCAAUAUAAAUCAAAGAUUCUGAUGUAAUAUCUUAUGGUAAAAAUCUACAUUUUUCUUUCCCCUUACAAGUCUUCCUAGCUCAGAUUUCCUUACUUUCUCAAAGCGUCUUCCUUAAAGCUCUGUAUUUCCCACUUUCCCUUAAGCCAACGCCAUUAAUCUAAGCCCUCAGCAAUCGCAGCUAAAAACCAAAAGCAAAUCUAAGACAUAUGAUAUGGUUACUCCUUACGAUAUAACGGAAACUUAUAUACAAACUAAAAUCGCGUAACUUUUUUGAUGUCUGCAUGUUAAUAUAACCCACAAGAAUUCGAAAACUUUACCCCAGCAAGAACCUAGGCUACACUGGAAGUAUAUAUAUAUAUAUAUAUAUAAAUUAUAUUUAUAGGGAUAUACAGAUAAUUAUGCUAUGUACGAUUGAUAUUUGAUAAGCGCGUUAUAUUUUCUAGAUUCCGAUUGUGCAAUAUUUUUUGGUAGUGUGAGAAACGAAAACGAAUUUUUAUUUUUAUAAAAUGCGACCAAAAAAAAAAAGAAGGAAACCGGAAAAACCAAAACCAAAAACCAGGGGAGAACUUUCUGAUCUUUGAUUUUGUUUUUGAUUUUCUAUUUUGAGCAUUUUGUCCAGCCGCAAAAGCUUAGCGCUAUAUAGCAAAGACCCGAACCCGAUCGAAGAUAUAUACAAGUAUUGUACCUUUUUGCCGGAAAAACAAACUGUACUCAUUCCUGCCCAUUAGAUGACCUUCAUAUAGAGAACUGUAAUCCUCUGCUAAACUGCUAAAUCAAAGAUAUAUUAGCCAUGCCAUAUAUACACUUACAUUCAGAAACAGAAUCAGAAACAGACACUAACAUAAACACUAACAUUAACACUAACACUAACACCACUUGCAUUAUAAACGUAUCUGAACAGACAUAUGAUUGUAAUACCCACACACACAUAUAUUUACAUCGAUAUAUACAUUAUCAUAUAUAUAUAUAUAUAUAUUCACCUCAUACGUGUAUACCCGACCCACAAGAACACAAGAACGGCUUCAGAAGAACCAAUCCAGAUACUUUUCUAUGUACUCCCCACAUCAAUCAAAAUUAUAUAUUGAAUGCCUCGAUAUUUACUCGAUAUUUACACGCAUAAACGGCUGCUAUCUAUAUCUAUAACUCUAUAUCUCGAUUACUUUACCAUGUAUACACUGAGCGAAAUGCUAAAAUGGAAACGCUUUAAGACACUGUUAUGUUUGGCCUACUUAUAUAAACGUUUAAUUAGCAU